GCCCAACUCCGCUCGGUGUACACGCGCCCGCACUUCGUGGCAAAACAACACGCUACCCGCGAUCUCAACUUCGACCUCAGUAACGCCGCCUGAACCACGAGUGAUAGAACUGUAUUUUUUUUGAGUGAGUUAAGAAGUUUUUUUUUUAAUCAAACUGUGCGAUCGAGUCGGGCGGGCGGAGGUUCGGGCGCGGCGUUCUGCUGACACAGUGGCUGAGUCUCAGUCGGCCGCAGGUCCUCGGGCAACAAGCACCAUCGAUUUUCUCCAUACGAGUGUACGCGAGUGAUACCAAAAUGCAUAUUGAAGUACAAGUGGCGCUCAACUUCGUAAUAUCGUAUCUAUACAACAAACUGCCGCGGCGACGCGUAAAUAUCUUCGGGGAAGAACUGGAGAAGGCGCUGAAGGAUAAGUUCCGCGGCCACUGGUACCCGGAUAGACCGUGCCGUGGUUCCGCGUACCGCUGUCUUAAGACUGGAGGGCCUCUAGACCCUGUUCUCGAGCGGGCAGCACGCGAAUCCGGGGUUCCUGUACGCGAUGUUCUUGAACAUCUACCACGAGAACUUGCCGUUUGGGUUGAUCCAGGUGAAGUUUCCUAUCGCAUCGGUGAAAAAGGUGCGGUGAAAGUUCUUUUCAGCAGUGAUGAAAGAGCGGCCGACGAAAGGACCGAUAGAGAGGUAACUCGCGCAUUCAACCCCGAGGCGCAAUGCUUCCGGCCGGUGGAGCCCGCAGCGCCGUCGCCGCCAGCGCCUGCCGCCUUCUCGCCCGCGCCGCCAUUCCGCGCGCAGCCGCUCACCUUCACCACGGCCACCUUCGCGCAGACCAAGUUCGGCAGCACCAAGCUGAAGACGAGCAGCAAGCGCGCCAACCGCAUGUCGCCCACCGAGUUCAGCAACUACAUAAAGCAGCGCGCCGUGCAGCAGCAGCUAGCGGCGCGCGCGCUCUCGCCGGCCGCCGACGCGGGCGCGUACUUCGCGCGGCGGGAGGCGCCGGCGCACCUGUUGCUGGCCAACUGAGCCCGCCGCUAGCCCCGUUGCGACCCCCGCGAACCGCAACACCCUCGCCGCUCCGCGCGCCCAUAGAGUCUUUACUUUUGUACGAGAGAGGCGCGCGCCGCGAUUUAUUUUUUUAUUUUCCGCGGGGCCGCCCGCCGCUUGUGAUAACCGUACGAUUUUCCAUAACUUUUUGUAUUCUCGUUGGUUACGUCGAUGUGUAAAAUUUAUCGAUAGGAGCAAUAAUCGGCCGCGCGAUCGCCGGCGAUUUAUUUUCGUAAUAUUUAAAACGUAAGCCGAGUCGAGUUUUUUGACGUCUUCGUUGGACAUCGAUAUUAGUAGGGUGUGAGAGCGAGGCGGAGUGGCCGCGCGCGCUCACCGCGACGCACCUUCAGAAGCGAGCCUCUAUACAUACGUCCUCCGAUCUAAGAAAAUACUGAUAUUUAAUAUGUAUACUUACAUGUAUGUAUAUAUCUACUCUUACGCGAAACGUCUAAUUUUUCACGUGGAAACGAAAUGCCAAUAGAGAAAUUACGUAUUUUUAAUAUUGAAAUUGAUACUUGUAGCAUAAUAUAGUGUAUGUAUGAUGUGUAUGGCAUGGCAUGCGUCGCAGUGGACAGGGCAGGGCAGGCGCAGUCGGCGUACCGCUCGGACACAUAUCCGCCGGCCGCUUGGCGCCGGCGCGCUCGGAGAUCUCACCUAGUUCUAAUCAUCAAUCUUACGAUCGUAACCUUGUAAUAAUUAUAAUAUACAUAAAUAUAGGUCUCGUAAUAUAGCUACGUUUCAAUCUAACAGUAUUUUUUUAAGAAGAUAUUAGUCCUCGUGUACAUCGCCGGCCCCCGCCCGGCGGCCGGCCUUAGUCCGUACGGUAUACUUAUUGUAAUAUUCUUAUAAAAGACAUGAUAAAUGAUAGAAAAAAAAUAUUUCUCAAUUCAUAUAACGGGUGCAUGCGAAUUCGUCGAAAAAGAAGUACUAUGUGUUAUUUAUCUUUUUUAUAUUUCACUCGGCACUUGGGCUCAGUGUUUCAAUCGAGGCACGUGGCGAUAUGGUCGGUGUGCGCAGUUGCGGGCUGACGCAGGCCGGCCGCGGCCGCGCUCGCGCCGCGCUGCGCUGGCCGUGUACAUAUUCUGAAGCAAUAGCAGCCACGCGGCGCCGCAGCCCGGCCGCGGCAGGCUCUCCUACGGGCACACUAAGUUCCGAUGCGCAACAAUGACAAGGUGUAUAGGGAAUUUGCAUCUAUUUUUUUACUAUUUUUAUAUUUUGAUGAUUUAGAUUUAAGUCUAGUUGUAUGAUUUUAAUACUUUAUGGAUACCCUAUUCUUAUUAAAAGGAUGAGUAAUUGUGCAGCGGGCUCGAUUGAAAACCUGACCAAAACGCUACAGUAUUUUGUAGAUAAAAUCUAUAAUGUAAGUGUAAGAUGAAUAAAGUUUAGCGUAAUGAGAUUUUUUAUUACUAAAUAUAACUUUUUAUUUUCUUUCUUUUGUAAGAUAUAUUCGAUGGAAGUGUUAAAGAUAAUAUAAUAUUUGCAUAAUAUAGUGAAUGCGGUACUCCAUGCCCGCGAAUAUAAAUUAGUCAAUAAUAAUUUUUCAUAUUGUUGUACGACUUUUUAAGUUUAUAUUAAA